GGAGCUUGUUACUGACCUGAGCUGUAGCUUCCCAAGAUAGCAAGCGCUCGGGCUAUCGAGAUCCUGGCCUUGUAAGUAUACUGUGGGUGGGGUCGCAGUCUCGAGCUCUCCCAAAUGCUCGUAUGUAGGUAUAUAAGACCUCAGCCCACCCUGUCCAUUGAAUCAUCAGCCUUCGAUCAAGCAACUCACUACCACUUUCGAGACUUUAUUGAUACCCAAAGUUUUAUUAUAAGUCCUCACACACAAUCACAAUGCCAGAAAUCCCAAAGGAGCAAUGGGCGCAGGUCAUCGAGAAGACCGGCGGUCCCGUUGAGUAUAAGAAGAUUCCCGUACAGAAGCCGGGCCCAGAUGAGGUUCUCGUCAACAUCAAGUACUCUGGUGUCUGCCACACUGAUCUCCACGCCGUUAACGGCGACUGGCCUCUGGACACCAAGCUGCCUCUCGUCGGUGGCCACGAGGGAGCAGGUAUUGUCGUCGCCAAGGGUGACCUUGUGAACGACAUCGAAAUUGGCGACUACGCUGGUGUCAAGUGGAUCAACGGCACGUGUCUUGCGUGCGACUUCUGCCAACAGUCGGACGAGCCUCUGUGCGCCAAGGCCCUGCUCUCUGGUUACACAGUCGACGGCACCUUCCAGGAAUACUGCAUUGCUAAGGCCGCCCACGUGGCCCGCAUCCCCAAGGAGUGCGCGCUCGACGCCAUCGCCCCAGUUCUCUGCGCCGGCAUCACCGUCUACAAGGGCCUGAAGGAGUCCGGCGUCAAGCCCGGCCAGUGGGUCGCCAUUGUCGGUGCUGGCGGCGGUCUCGGGUCUCUUGCGUGCCAGUACGCGAAGGCGAUGGGCUGCCGCGUGAUUGGCAUCGACACGGGCGACGAGAAGAAGAAGAUGGUGACCGAGCUCGGCGGAGAGGUGUUCGUCGACUUCGCCACGUCGAAAAACCUCGUCGCCGAUGUCCAGAAGGCGACGCCCGAUGGCCUGGGUCCCCACGCUGUCAUCCUCGUCGCCGUCAACGAGAAGCCGUUCCAGCAGGCGGCUGAGUACGUCCGCGCUCGCGGCACCGUCAUCUGCAUUGGCCUCCCCGCUGGAGCGUACCUCAAGGCGCCCGUGUUCGAAUCCGUCAUCAAGAUGAUCAGGAUCCAGGGUUCCUACGUCGGCAACCGCAAGGACAGCGCAGAGGCCAUUGAUUUCUUCGCCCGUGGCCUGAUCAAGGCGCCGUUUAAGGUCGUCGGCCUGUCCGAGCUGCAGAUGGUGUACGACAAGAUGCACGCUGGCGCUAUCGCUGGGCGAUACGUCCUCGACACCUCCAGGUAGAUUGCGUGUAGUUUUGCUGGCAAAGGGCGCCAAUCCUGAUAGGAGCGACCGAGGAAUAUCACGGUGGGCAGGUAGACAGGUAUCUUUCCUGUACAUAAUGGAUCAAUGAACUUUCAACGUUGCAAACGACACUUUGUUUACUC